UUCCUGCAGAGCACUAGAUUCCGUGCACAAUCGACAAAGGCGUGUAUGCAUUGCAGGCUAGGCGCGACUGAAAUGGGGCCGCGGUUUCGCCAUCUUUUAGCUCGUUUUUUUCUUGGCACGCGCGCUCGAGUGUGUCCGUAUCCUUUCCUCGGAUAUCCAGCACGACUCUCCCACUACCAUAUCGUCGCUCUCGACGAGACCGAGACAGCGACGGAAGAGGAGAGCGGCGGGCGAGACGAGAGACCAGGAGGAAGAAGAUGGCCACCUAUUUCACGCUCAACACCGGGGCUCGCAUCCCCUCGGUAGGGCUCGGCACCUACAAGGCCGGCCCCGGCGUCGUCGCCGACGCAGUCACCGCCGCCGUCAAGGCCGGGUACCGGCACAUCGACUGCGCGCCGCUAUACAAGAACGAGAAGGAGAUUGGCGUUGCUCUGAACAAGCUCUUCGAUGACGGCGUCGUCAAGCGAGAAGACCUUUUCAUCACCUCAAAGAUAUGGUGCAGCGAUCUCGCACCUGAAGAUGUUCCGUUGGCAAUGGACAGCACUCUGAAUAAUCUGCAGCUGGAGUAUAUUGACCUGUACCUGAUUCAUUGGCCCUUUCAGAUAAAGAAAGGCAGCGAACUCAGUCCAGAAAACUUUGUCCAGCUUGAUAUGCCCAAGACCUGGCAGGCAAUGGAGAAGCUGUACGGUUCAGGCAAAGCUCACGCAGUAGGCGUAAGCAAUUUUUCGACCAAGAAGCUGGCCGAUUUGCUUGCUGUAGCCCGUGUUCCUCCAGCUGUUAAUCAGGUGGAGUGCCACCCCGGCUGGCAACAGGCCAAGCUCAGAGCGUUCUGCCGCUCCAAUGGAGUUCAUUUCUCUGCGUAUGCGCCGCUAGGCAGGAUGAAAGCCGUUGCCAAUAAUCCGGUGGUUGCAUCGGUAGCCGAGAGAUUGGAGAAAACGCCGGCACAGAUUGCUCUGCGAUGGGGUAUCCAGCAGGGUCAGAGCGUGCUUCCCAAAAGUGCCAAUGAGUCGAGGUUGAAGGAGAACAUUGACCUCUUCGGUUGGUCCAUUCCUGCAGAGCUGUGUGCCAAAUUUUCUGAAAUUGAACAGGUUAAGCAAAUCAGAAAUGAUGCAUUUGUGCACCCUCAGAGUAUUUACAAAACAAUUGACGAACUCUGGGAUGGUGAGAUCUAAACGAAGAUCAUUUUCGGUAUGAAAUCUAUCUCUGACCACGGUUGAAAUUUACGCCAAAAGGCAGGGACACUUUUGUUAUCGAAGGUGGGCAAAAAAGAAACGUGCAUCAUGCCGUUCUGGUGAAGUGCUAGUAGCAACGGGCAUGUGUUGCAUUUUUUGGCAGGGCUAAGUGACGUCAGCAUAUUGUUGCAUUGCAGAAGAUCCAGUGAAGAGGCCCGUAAUAAAGCACAGAAGGAACAAAUUUACAGCAA